GUUUUCUCUGAAGUAUAUAGAAAGAGUCGUGGAGCAGGGAGACAGGAAAGAACCGAGAACCAGGCAGUGAGAGGGGGGAUGGUAGUGGCUCGGUUUGGAGGAAAUCUGGAACCUAUAAACUUGGGCAACUUCUAUGACGAGAAGCAAACGUCACGGCGGUUCAAUUUGGUUGGCUGUACGAUGGACCUUUGACUCCGCCUCAUCCCUUUGAUCAGACCAAUUGCUCAAGAUUCAUUCUUCCUGUUGUCUUAAGCUCAGCUGUCCUAAAACGUCCUGGUGACCAAUCAGUGAAUGGGAUGGGAGGGAGGCUGGAAGUUUCAUGGUCCCCUCCUUUUAAAAAGUCAGAUUCGUAGUUGCUGCUGUCUCACAUGCAGCUACAGGAGCGCGGUGUGAGAACAGUCCAGGCUGCUGUAGUGUAGUGUACACUGACAGAGAGUGGGAAGUGAUGACUGGAAGGUGUGGACGAAGAAGCAAAGUGUCUAUAAAAGCUAUCAGCCGUCAUGGCUUGUCAUGCCUGACUUGUAACAAAGUGUGAAGCUGACGACAGAAGAAGAACGAUACGUCAGAAGAACACGGAGGGUAACAGGAGGAGCUCCUGAGGACGACCAGAACGCAGGAGAACUGUGUGAAAGAAGCAGAGGAGGAGCGGAGCGUAUCAUUCCCUGAGAUACUCAGAGAAGUGACAGAUCGAGGAAUCGAGGAGAGAAGACACAACGUGGCUAAAGCAUGAGAGAGGUGGAGCAGUGUAAUGACGACCACCCUGAGGGAGGGGUGGUCUCCAGCAAGGAGAACACGGGAAGACCACCUUCUAACGCAUGUCCUGUUGUUGUAGCAACGCCGGGGGUCACCAUGCGAAAGCGGCAGACUGGCUCAAGUUCAGAGGAUCACAUUUCCACAGCGACACUCGUCACAUCAGGAGACGAGGACAAGGUCAAGCCGGGGGACGACGUCCAGCUCUACACCCCGGCUGGAACCAAAAGGCUCAAGAGGAGUCCUCAGCACCGGCCACCGUCCUCGGGACCUUCCCUUUCUCCUGUCCCCGGUCCCAGUCCUGGAAGUCUCUCAGCCCUCGAGGACCCACACGCCCAGCGUGUGAUUGCCAACAUCCGGGAGCGACAACGGACACAAUCGCUGAAUGACGCCUUUGCGUCGUUGCGUAAGAUAAUCCCCACACUCCCCUCUGACAAACUCAGCAAGAUCCAGACCCUUAAGUUGGCAUCGCGCUACAUCGACUUCCUGUACCAGGUGCUGCAGAGCGACGAGAUGGACGCGAAACUGGCUGGAUGUAACUACCUCGCACAUGAGAGACUGAGCUAUGCCUUCUCCGUCUGGAGGAUGGAGGGAGCCUGGUCCACCAUGUCAGCUGGUCACUAACUCGGCCUGAAAGCAAUAAGAUUGUUGACAGAAACUUAAAAACCUAAAAACAUAUGAUGGACAAUUAGUCUCGACGCAGUGCAUCUGCUCCCUCCACGGAAAGACCGCCCGACACAAGAUGAGAAUACAGUUUGAUAUCUUUAAUAUUGAACUAGAUAUCAGCUGUAAAUACGAAGGCUUGUGAUGUCAUUGUUUUUGCUUAUUAUUGCUCGUGUGUGCCAAAGACACAUUUCCUAGAUGGUUAUUUUUUGAAUUUUCUUUAAGAUACUUGUAUCAGGACAGGCGACAGACAGAAACGAGCCUGACUCCACACAACAUUCUUUCAGUUCCACAUGCUGAUGUUCAGGAUGCUCUCUCCUAAUGUUGCCCCCACACAGCAGCACAGUGACCCCUCUGACCCCUCUGACCCCUCUGCUCACCCCAGAAAGCAGAAGCUACACCUUCAUCCUCAUCUUCAACCUUGAUUUUAUCACCUAUAACUGCUGUCAGUCACCACCAUCAUCAUCAUCGUCAUCGCGAUCAUCAUCAUAGUCUUUCAACGCCAACUUUUCCGAGACUCUGACACAUACUCGGGAUCCCUGACCACCCCUGAACCCGAGCGACAGUGGAAAAGAAGCUGUGGGCAGCUGUCCUCCUGACUUCACUUUCUCCUCUUCAUAACCAAAACCAAGCUCCUUUGUUUUUUCAAGAGCCAAAAUAAAAACCUCUCCUCUCGAAAUUCCUUCCUCUCAUUUUGGCCCAAAUUUGCUUGCGUUGCACGAAAGCCCCGAUACAGCGAGCUGACGAGGAGGCGUAAUGAAAACAAACGGCCUCUAAAAGCCAUGAAUCACGUGUGUCACCAUCAAAGGGGAGGCUGAUGUGGCUCCCCGCUGGGCUUCCAUACAUAAACCGCUGGGAGUGAUAGAGUGAGGUGAGAGCUGAUUUAUACACACACAAAUGAGCGUACAUGUACUGGCGUAGUCAUGCACCCACACCCAAGCGCAGAAACCCACUCGUGUUGACUUUAAAAAAAAGAAGAAAAAAAAGAACUCAAGCGCUGUUCGUUUUCUUUAAAAGUUGACGUCUAUAAUUACCAAAUUAUACACAUGCACCAAGCAUUUUGUAUUAUUGUAGCUCUGAUUUAAGAAGUAGAAGAAAAACACACACACACCACCUGCAAAACCUGGCCUUCCUCUCAUAUUAAACCACACCACAAGGUAACAGGAGUUGACACGCUGUUUGUAUUCAACACAUAUGAGAUCCACUUGGUUCCUUCGUUGCCAGUAUGCAGUCGCCUAACAUCAGAAUGUCCCAGGGAGGCGGCUCAUGUUUCCAGCUCUCCUAUAGACACUCAUGAGACCGACAAUCAGCCGAGGACCAACCUUCACUGACACGUUAGAAGGCACACGACAUUCAAAAACAAGUCAGCCUUAAGAUACAGAGGCAGCAAAACUUUGUGCCACUUUUCCUUCAAACCUCACCUACGAUGACCUUUCUGCUCUGUGCCACCUCUGAAUCCAACACAGCUCGCAUGAUUUUCCUGUCAUUUGUGGUAGUGUAGUGGGAGAUGAGGUACAAUAAGAUGUACUUUUAUUGACCCUGCAUCGUGGAAGCUCAGAAAUCGAAGCCGUACGAGCAUCUGUGGGCGAGAAUGACGCGCUCCUCCAUUGUUGUUCGUUUAAUUGGUGAGAAAGGGGUUAAAGGGUCUUUUAGUCAGAAGAAGUCCAGAAAGACUGUUUACAAAUAAUUACUCUGGGAGGAGGAAACAUAGGCUUUAACAAAAACAAGGAGGUGGCCUCACUCUUGACCUCUCCCUUGAAACCGCCGCCUCAGACGAACUCUGACAUCAACACUCAGCGCUUGAGUCCGACGCGGCCGUUCCUCACAUGCGUCACAUCUGAUCUGAUCGGCAAUCAGAUUCCUUUGUCCACACAGCCCAAAGAUCUGAUCUAAUCUGAGUCACAUUAGCGGGAAAAAUUGGAUACGAGUCACUUCCGUCUGGUCAUCUGAACAGCCACAGUUCAAGCAUGUAAACUGAGGUCAGUUGAAAAAUAAAUAAAUAGAACAAGGCUGCUUUCUUUCUCCUGAUAGAAGUAACUGUGCCUAACACGUGGUUACCACGGUAACAUGUCUGCGUUUCUGUCUUUCCAGCUGCCGAUGAAAGUGACUGCGAUCUUCCUUGUACAUCUCAACGUCAGGCAACCUCUUUCCUGCUACUCAAAACAAAUGGAAAUGAUGCAAAUGGGAACCUUUACGUACACCGCAAAACAAAAGAAAAAAAGAGCGAGAGACAAUUUAUUAAAAUCAUUUUUUUUUUGUUGAUGAAAAUGCAGAAUGACUUUGACAACAUGUUUCUCUCCUGUUCACACUUAAUAUGUACAUAGGAGCAUUUCACUGGAAUAAGACGAUAAGACGUCACCCUCAGACGGUGAUCAGUGUCUUCAUCUCUUCUACAUUCGUUUACAGAAUGAGGGAGGGCCUUUUUUUUUUUGAGGAGCAUUUACUUGAAGUAUAUACAGAGCUGGAAAAAAAGCCCGACACUCAGCACAGAGUGAUGGAUUAUGAACAGUACGAGCAGAAACAGUGCGUGUGUGAUUGUUUGUCUGAAAAAUUAAAGUGUCUUCAAACUUC